AAUCAACCAAAAAAAUAAAAAAUAAAAAGCUGAUUCAAAAGAAGAAUCAGAAUAUAAUAUGCUUGUACUUAGAUCAAGAACAUUAUGAGUUUAGCUAUUAUCAACGGACUGACAUUGAUCGAAUUUAUGAAAGAUGGGAAUGCAUUCGAAAUUUGUGUUAAGGAGUAUUUUGAAAUGCUCGAUGUUAAUGGAGAUGGAGCAAUUUCUCGCGAUGAACUCUAUGAAGGAUUUUAUAAGCUAAUUUCAGUAGAAUCCGAAUCGGGAGCAAAACAAGAAAGGAAUGAUCUUUAUGAUGCAAUUUUUGAAAGAUUUGAUGAAGAUAAAAAUGGUAGUAUUGAUCCUCAAGAAUUUAAGUCGUUGAUGGCAGAGAUUAUGUUUGCUAUGGCUCGUGGAAUUGGUAAUUCUCCAGUUUUAAUGGCUCUUGAUACAAAAAGCUUGCUCAUGAAAGCUGCUGAACAUGAACAUGCCCACAAAUGAAUUUUGUCGCUUUUGUGUAGCAAUUCUUUGCAUUUUCAAUUCUUGAUUUAUAUAAAUAUCAAUCUUCAUCAAGAUAGAGAAGGAAAAAGAAAAAUGUAAUGAUCAAUUGCAUAUAAUUUUCUUUAUAUUGGCAAAACUUGGAUAUUCUUGUCAUUUUUCUUGUUAAGUAUAUAUGUUGUUCUUUUUCUUGCAUUAUUGUUUGGCUAAAAGAGGCAGAAUUGCACAUUCUUAUAUGAUUAAAGGCAUAAUUUUGGCUA